GUCACGUGACGAUAUCCAGCCCCAAAUUUCCAUGCCGAUUUAUUGUGAAUUCUGCACAAUUUUCCAAAGACCUGCCUGCAAACUAUUUUAGCACAUGGAGAAGAUAUAGAAAAUGACCGAGGGGAAAUAACUCUACUUGAAUGUUUGGGACUAGAUCUUCCAGACUUUCACUUAUUGAUGAAAGAAACACUCUUGUUUGUCCAUCCAUGUUUUAAAAACACAAAUCAGACAGCAUGGAUCCUGAGAACAUGGAUCAAAAAUCCGAGGAUAAGAUUUGUGAGAUGGAAGCCAUGAAUGAAAUAAAAGAAGCAGAAAUAAAAAGACAAUCAACAAAUGAGGAAUUAGACAGGGAGAUGAAAUCCAACAUUUCAAACGUUUGUGAAAGUAAAGAAUCCGUCAAUGAUAAUUAUGAAGAAUCGGAAAACAUUUCUUAUCAACUGAUAAAUCUUGAAUCCGAAGUUGAAAAAUCGUCAUUUCCGGAAAAUAGCACUACAGACCAAAAUGAGAAAAGUGGAAAAUGUAGCGAAGACACAAAUUGCAUGAAAUCGGGUUUAGAAGCUAAAGAUAAGCAAACUGGAAUCUCAAUAUUGAAUACUUCGCUGGUUGAAUCAACAAAUUCUGCCGAGUUUCUCCAAUCUGUUGAUUCACAAUCCUCAACAAUUAAAAUAUCCGAAGAGGCCAGUUUUCAAAUGAACAGAGCACCAGAUCAUUUUGAAGAUAGAGAAGAGCCAAAUAAAACUGACGAUUUAACAAAAUUGCAAACCUUAAAAACUACCCACCCAGAAAUGAUGAAACUGGAUGAACAAAAUGUUAUUGAAUGUCACACUAGUGAAGAUGUAGACAAUGAUAAACUGAAAGUAGAUACAGGAAGAAAAGAUAUAGACGAUGAUAAACUAAAAGUAGAGACAGGAAGUAAAGAUAAUGACAAUGAUAAAUUGGAAGUAGAGACAGGAAGUAAAGAUAAUGACAAUGAUAAAUUGGAGGUAGAGACAGGAAUUGAAGAUACAGACAGCGAUAAACUGAAAGUAGACACAGGAAGUGAAGGGUUAAACAGUGAUAAACUGGAAGUGGACAGUGAAGAUAUAGACAAAGGCAAUGAUAAGAUGAAAGUAGACACAGCAAGUGAAAAUAUAGACAAGGACAAUGAUAAACUAAAAGUAGACACAGGAAGUGAAGAUCUAGACAAUGAUAAACUGAAAGUAGAGACAGGAAGUGAAGAUAAAGGUGACGAAGUAUUGGAGGAAAUAAACAAAGGCGAAAAACAUUCACAAGAUGAGAUUAUGGACCAACCUAAUUUUGCGUCAAAUCAGUCUGAGAAAACUCCCAUCAGAAGAAUUACCCCAAAACCAACAAUUUCAGACCAAAUAGACGCCUUCAAUCGUUGUUUUGGUUCGACAGAUAGCGAUUCAGAUUGCGAUAAACUUGUACUCGAUUAUAAAACACAGGGUUCGGAAAGUUGUACAUCGGGCGCCGAGACAGAUGUAGAUCUCCAUGGAAACAAAACAACAAAACUGAUGAUGUAUUCUAAAUCUGAAUUGAUGAAAGAUACUCUAAUACCACCAGUCUGUAACGAAACAGAAACAGAAGAUAACCAGCGGUCUCAAAAAGAGGAAUUGAAGAACCGCAUGAUGGAUGAAAAAGAUGAAAGUGUUCGCAAUAAUUUGAUGAAGGAUGGAAUGUCCAGAGAUUCUACUAUAGAUACAGAUGAGAGUGUGUCAACUGAGCAGUCCGUUUAUCCUAAUUUCAAACCAAUAAUAGACGUGCAAAGUCCACCACGAACAAGUAAAGAUGACGAACUGAAGGGAACAAGUGGCAACGAUCUAGCACAGAUUUCAAAAGAUUUGGAGAUGGAGGAUCAGAAAAUGUCAUAUUUGAAUGAUGGAAAAACAUUUAGUGAUGAAUUAAAACCUGAAAAAAUUUCAAUGGCUGUUGAUGGAGACGAAAACCAAGUGUCAUUAAAUUUAAAAUCUGAAGACACCUUAGCCGGAUCAGGCCUUAGUACAAACACUCCUAAUCGCCCUGAUUCACGUCCAGAAACAGAAAUGGAAACACAGUCUAUCCCAGAGUUCUCUCCCACGUUGAAUAUCAUCGCUGGGGUUCAGAUUACACCAGAAGAAUUUGAGAAAAUUGAGACAGAAAAUGACUUAAGUUUUAGUUCGAAGAAUGAAAGUUACGAAGAUGGAAGUAUUUCUGAGAGUGAAAUCCAGUCGGUGGCGGUUAAAAUCUCCGAACCGGCGCCAAUACUAGCGUCAAUUCUUGACAAACAAGUCCCCAAAGUAUCUAGCACUGUAUCGGAGAGGGUAAACGCUCCAGAAACAAACGCAACAAAAUUGACUGGCAUGAUAACCAAGAUCAAAACAGAACCAGUAGAUGAAGGCUACCCUUCUGCUUCGAGUUUCAAUGUUUCAAAGAUAAAUGUGGCAGGAAACGGCAAACCUACACCGAUUCCAUUGGCGAUACAGUCAUCAUCAUUGAUGCCUUACUCAUCAUCAUCUUCGUCAUUAUCAUCAUCAUCUACAGUAACGCCCCGUUUUUCUCUGUCAGAAAAUUCAAAUUUAGUAUCAAGAUUAAAGGUAAAAAAGGUCACAAAUACUGCACAGAUAGCGGGACCAAGAAUUAUUCGCGUUCCGAAUCCCAGACCUCCGUAUCAAGAAUUAAAUAUUCAACCAAAAAGACAGGAGAAUGGAAAUGUUGGUAGGAAACCCACACCCCGUUACGGUGGAACCAAGAUUGUACGAAUCACCCAGGCAACGGCCAAUAAACAACUAGGUCCUAAAGUUAAAAAGAAUUUCGAUUCAUUUGACAUUGCCAGUGUCACAGAUAUAUUGCAGAGAAAGCAUAAAAUCGGCAAUCAUAAAGCACCACCUAUCUUGAUGAGAUACAAAGAUUAUUUGAAGGACUUUACUGUGUCAUCGUGUCUGGAAUGCGGUGACAGUUUCACAUCGCGUGAAAUGCUUAGUUUCCAUAGAAACCGAGUCAGUGUCGAGAUCAGUUACAAAUGUCCACUUUGUAUGAAUGUGGUCAUUUUCUACAAUAAAUGCUCCUUUUUAAAUCAUAUCAGAAUUCAUAACACUGAGCGCGCUCAGAGUAAAAAUCCGGCGAUACAGGUAAAGGCUGAUAUUUUGUCCAUACGCUUAGCUCCGUAUAAGAUGAUGCUAGAGACGCUGGAGAAGCCGAUUCCCACGAUUGAGAUCUCCGACAAACCAAGACCUCGUCCUCCGCAAAAUCUGGGUUCUUGCACUGAAUGUGGUAAAGUUUGCGAUACUAACUUGUCAUUGGCUGAACAUUUUGGUAGUGGUGAAGUGAUUUGUUCGUUUGCACACGUGUGUAACAUGUGCAACAUGAUAUUUCCCCGUCAGUGUGCGCUCGAAGCACAUAAACGAUAUCAUUCAAACCAAAUGCCAUAUACCUGUCCAGAGUGUGGACUGGUAGUAGGGGAAAUCAACGAAUUUAGAAAACAUCUCCACACUAAAUGUUUUCAUUUUACCCGAGCUGGACUUUUGCGUUGCUUUCGUAACCUGUGGAAACCAUGCGGACAUACAGAUAUUCGACUUAAUUCAUUUAUAAAACAUCUUCACACACAUCAUGCCACGAAGAUGAACGAAUGCGCAGUAACAAAAUCUCCGUCGGGUGAAGAAAAGACAGUAACAACAACGAUAGUUGCUUGCGGAAUCUGCAAUACGGUUUUACGUAAUCCAGUGAAAAUGAAAGAACACAUGAACAUUCACGUUAAGGAGGUGAAGAGGAACGCAACUUUUGUUUACGUUUGUACGAAUUGCCCCGUCAGCUCCUGUGGUUUAAACUUAAGCAUGUACACAUCUAAAAAGGAUCUCGAAGAUCACUACAGGUCAAAGCACAGAGAGUACUUUAAGAUGCCACCAAAUGUACGCUCGUUGAUCUGCAGCGCAUGCAGUACUGUUACAGGUUCGUACUCCAAAUUUCUUGAACACCAACUUCAAGCGCAUGAAAUGAUUAAUGCAGAAUUUUAUUUCUGUCAGCAGUGUAAAUGCAUGUUUGAAAAUCCUGAUAUUCUGUCAAUUCAUACCUGCCAUCCCAAAGUCUUCACCAUUGCAAAACACAGUGAAAACUAUGGGGAACCGCAAAAACUCUGUGAAAUCGCUCCAAAACCUGCAGUAAACUCGCCACCCAGGAUAAGUCUUAAAUCUCCGCCAAAACCGAUGAACAAAUCACCACCAAAACCAGUUUCAAAAGUGCAGCCAAAAAAACUGGUCCAACUACAACCGAAGCCACCAGCUAAAGUGCCAAAUUUGGUUAUCAAACUUGUGCCAAAGGCGCCUGAAAAACAUGAGUGCUUAUUCUGUCAUAAGGAGUUCAAGAAUAAAGAUGAAAAAGAGAAACACAGCCAAUCAGAGCACAGCUCAUUUCCGUGUCAUUUAUGUGGAUUAACGUACAAAACGCAACUAAACCUUGACGAACAUGUACAGGCGACACAUGAGGGAUCAAAACCAGGGUUUUUCUGUCUUCCGUGCAAGAAAAAGGGAAUUACAAGAACUUUUGUUAAGGCCGGUGUUUUAGAGAAACAUCUAAUCUUCAAACAUCGAAUUGCAAAAGCUCGUUUAAAAAGGUUUAUUGCAGUGGGAAAGGAAUCCUCAAAAUCAGACAAAUUGAAACGCAAAACCCUUGAUGAAUUAGAGUCUGUUCCCGUUAAGCGUCUGCGCGUUGAAGGAAGUGGUGUGUAUACAUGUGUAAAAUGUAACUUCAACACGGAAGAUUCGUCCGAGUUCAGCGCUCAUAUCGAGACCCAUAAAACCACGGACACAACUCAAUGUCCAGAAUGUGGACUAUGUUUCAGUGUUUUGCCGUCGCUUAAAAAACAUCUAUUUAUGGUGCAUAAGAUUCGUAAUGCGGAUGAAUACAUUUCUGAAAAGGGAAUUGAAGAACCAGAAGAAAUGGAUGUCGAUGACGAGGAGGACGAUUUGUUGGAAGUGACGAUAAGUCCACGGAAAACCCCAUUUACAGACAUAGCUCCUAGCGAACCAAUACGAAAGAAGAAUGGGCCAAUCGGGGAAUUAGAAUGUCGAGUGUGUUAUCGUGAAUUUGAAAGUGUAAAUCUGUUGAAGAAUCAUAUGAGAGUUCAUGGAAUGGCGUUUAUACGAUCCCGUCGCCUGACACCGUCCGAAUCAGACGGUUGUAAAACUGACAAGGAAGAACCAUCCCCUUAAAGAUGUAAUAAUGUAAGGGCGAAAUCUGCUUAUUGAAUAAAAACACAAGACGAAAUAACCUCCUUUCUGCAUCACAUUUUUAGGAUUGACUGAGAGCGAGAAUAUUUUUGGGUAUUGUCAUCUAAUGUGCUUGAAAAUUUAUGUACAUUAUUUUAAUUAGUAAACUGGAGAAGACUAUCAAAUUCCAACAAUUUCUGUAAAUUACUUCUAAAGUUCUAGCCCUUGUUUAACUUUGUAGAACCUUGUGAACACUUGAAUGACAAAAGUUAUCAUCUGAUCUGUAUGUAGUUGAUAUCAAUGUCUAUUACCUACAAAAGAAUAAAUGUGACAAGCCUUGUUGACAGCUCAGCUGAUUUAGCUGCUGUGGACGUAUGUUUCGUUCUGUCUGUAUAAAAUUAUAUAAGAUGCAAUCUACACAUUUGGUUAUGUUUUAGUUAAAUUUGUACAUAUAUUGUGUAUUUCUGUUCAUGUAGAAUUAAGGAAUUGAAUAAUGAUCUUUUAGAGGCAUAAUCUAAUAAUAAGUAAUAAUCUAUAAAUGAUUUUGUGUAUAGUUUGUUUAUGUUAUCGACAAUUAUUUUGUGUUUGUAUAUAUACUUUAUAUAUAAAUACUUUUAUAGGAGCUAAAUCGCUGUGGGGGAGGGGGUUGAAUGGCCAAAUGCUUAGCGGAUGCAUGUUGAUUCAUAAGGUCUGCCAUUGAGUCAGUUGGGGUGGUUUCGAUUCCCCGGUUGUACAUGACAAGGAGUAGGGUCGCCUGUCCAACCUCGUGGGUUUUCUCCGGGUCCUCCGGUUUCUUUCCACUGCUAGAGGCCCCUAUGCGCAAGCGAAUUAUUGAAAUAAAAUUGGGCCAUAUGUUAGACCCGAAGUGAACUAGGUUGUGUCGAGUGGACGUUAAACCCCAUCUCUCUCUGUCUUGCUAAUAUUUUGAACGUAGAAAUUUACACAAAUAGGUCGCAACACAUAUAAUAAUGUAAUAAGAAUGUAUAUAAACUGAUUUACAUGUA